AUGGUCAAGCGCCCCGCAGGUAAGGCGGAGGCAAAGGUGAAGAAGCCUCUGGGCGUUUACAACAAGCCCGUGAGUGCAAAGGCCUGGGCUGCUGACCGAUUGGCGCGUGAGAAGGGGCGAGUGCAGAUCUUCAAUUCCACGCGGCCCAAUGGACUGGAUGGUUGGACCAUGGAUUUAAAGCAAUACAACCUGAUGCGGACACAUAUCCUGAAUUGGAUCAAGAAGAAGUCUGGCACAGACGGCUCAGUGGCUUUGCAAGAUGUGGUGAACUCUGCUCAAGAACGUUACCAGUCACAUGCGCUCUUCCCGAAAGGAGGCGAAGAGAGCCUCGUUGUCAGGCUGGUUCUUCUUUCGGGGAAGUGGGCCAGGUGGUCCACGGAAGAGGAUGCAUGGAACGCCGAGGAGUUCAGCGAUCUCGCGCUGAAGAGCUCCACUCGUCGGAACAAGAGCGUCGAGCGCUCCGUGGAGUUCUUCGAGGAAGAAGGCCCCAAUGGCCGCGCGGCCAGCCGGCGACCGGCGAUGCGCACGGUGACGUUGAAGGACAUCGGCGAAGCGUGCAUCGUGCCGCAAGAAGACGAAGAUGAGGAGGACUCAGAGGAGAGUGGUGUUGAGAAGAGCGGUCGGCGAGCGGCAGAGGGUGAGGUGUCCUUCGUCCAUGUGAACAUGGAGGUGCGCCUGGAGCCGCUCGACCUGCCGGAGCAGCGUCCACUCUUGACCCAGCGGCCGCGUGCUCCUCCUGAGCUGCCGCAACGGCGACGGCGGUCGCCCCGCCGAGGUGUUCCAUCGCCGCGCGCGCUGAAGGAGAACUCUUUGAGCAGCUCACCGCAUGCGAACGAGCAGAGUCCGAGUGGACGUUCCGUCUCCCGGUCACCGAAGACCGCGACGGCGACUUCCGUCACUCAGAGAUCAAGGCCACGACGUGUACAGAAUCCCUUAGUGGUGGCCCGCUUUCGACCAAAGUGUCGAUUGCAGAACGGGGAGGGCUACGCGAAGGACAAGCACCUUCGCAAGGUGCUUCCGAGAAGAGCUGCAGACCUGGUGGCAGCCAAAGGGCUUUUGGUGGCGGGCGGUUCCCUCGAAGAACAGUUGGUGUCUGAGAUCGCUGGCCUUUCCCGCCGCAUCGAUGAUUUGCAACAGUUAAUGACAAAGCAGUCUAGCCCAAGAAGGGCAGGGCGCUGA